GGAGGAGAGGAGGAGGCGGUCAUCUCACUGUGUCCUUUCAGUUGUUAGCUAGUGUUGCACUUGACUUCACCGUGUUGCGUUCGUCGCUAAUUUGACAUGAAUGAUCCAACAGUUGAUCUGGUUAAACUUGUCAGCAGUUAGAAGUAAAGCACUGACGGUGUUUCUGGUUCUGGUCCCGCUCCGGGUCCGGGUGUUACUGUAAAUGCCGCCGUAACGUUCACCAUCUUACUGUACGACAUCACGGAAGCUACCAGCGGUCAAGCUAGGCGAACAUGGGCACGUUAAGAUCCGACGUCCGCCAUGCCCACCCAACCGCCUGUGAGGGAGCCGGAGGAGGAGAUGGAGGCAGAAGGAGAGUCACAACUCCCUGAGGCCAACGGAGAGGUGGAGCAACCGAGAGACAACGAAAGAGGAGGAGAGGAGACCAUGGAGGAGAGCACGGAGGAGAGGGACAGUGACCUGGAUGAGAGUGAGGAGGAGGAAGAGGAGGAGGAGGAAGAAGAGGAGAGCUCAGAGAUGGACGAUGAGGACUGUGAGCGGAGGAGAGGAGAAUGUCUAGAUGAGAUGUUGGAUCUGGAAAAACAAUUUCAGGAGCUAAAAGAGAAGUUGUUCCGGGAGCGGCUGAACCAGGUGAAGGUGAAGCUGGACGAGGUGCUGACAGGGAAGGCUGGAGAGUACAGAGAACCACUGGCUGCACUACAGAACAGCAUGCAGAUACGAACACAAGUGGCUGGUGUGUACAGAGAGCUGUGUCUACAGGUGAUCAGACACAAGCACGAGUGUGAACUACAAGGAGCACGGCAGCACCUGGAGAGCGAGCGGACGCUGCUGUUCGACGCCAUGAAGAUGGAACUGCUGGAGAAGAUCCGAAGACUGGAGGAGGACCGACAGAAUAUAGACCUCACCUCAGAGUGGAGCGAUGAGAUGAGGGGCAAGAAGUGUAAAAGAAAGAACAUGCUGGGUCGCUCGGAGAGGAAAAAGAAAGUGGCUCUGGUUUCAGGCCCUUUUAUUGUCUACAUGUUGAGAGACAUCGACAUUCUUGAAGACUGGACUGCCAUCAAGAAGGCAAAAGCAGCACUGUCACCACUAAAGAAAAAAGUAGAAAAGCGGUGAUGACAGGAGCAUCGUAUUGAAGACCGGUGGCAAAGAAACCAAACCCAGCACACACUCACACAUUCCCAGCAGCUUCUAACAGUGAUGGUUUUUCUCCUCUGACCACAGCAACCAAUCACCCUGCAGCGUGUUUGUUAUCUAUGCUAUUUAAAAUGAGUUCUUAAUGAUAUGAAGACCGUGUAUUUAUAGAGUGAUUUAUAAUGGGGAUUAAAAUUUUAAUCUUUUGUGAGACAAGA